UCACUCAUCAACCCGCCUCAAACCCUCCGGUGCCCCGCGUCCUCAGCCCCGGAGACCCGCUGCUCCGCUGCGGCCACACACCUCCACCAUGUCCCGCAGGCCCCUGCUGCUCCUGCUGCGGAGCCUCGCCGAGCUCAGACCGGGGACGUUACCCGGAGCUGCGACCACCAGAGCCGGCUUCACUCAGCAGAGAGCCCGGUCCUCGACGCCCCUGAGCGGCUUCCUCCAGAGAGCGUGUCCGCUGCUGUCCGCGGUGAAGAGCACUCAGCUCGGCCUCUGCACCAAGGCUGGACCCCCGUGUGAGGACGAGUACCCCCCGCUGCCGGCCUACCAGAGCCUCUCGGAGCUGGAGAAGAAGGAGGUGUUCAUCGUGCAGGUGAAGGGUCUCCCCUGGUCCUGCUCGGCUCAGGACCUCAUGCACUUCUUCUCUGAGUGCCGGAUCCGGGACGGGCUGAAGGGGAUCCACCUCACCCUGGACCGGCUGGGGAGGUCGUCGGGUCGAGCCUUCAUCGAGCUGGAGCACGAGGAGGACGUGAACAAAGCUCUGGAGAAGCACCGGCAGUACCUGGGCCCGCGAUACGUGGAAGUGUCCGAGGUGACGAACAGCGACGCGGAGGCCAUCCUGAACAAGGCCGUCACGGCUCCGGCUGAGAGCUGGGUGGUGAAGCUGAGGGGCCUCCCCUUCUCCUGCUGCCAGGAGGACAUCGUCCACUUCUUCUCAGGUUUGGAUAUUGCGGAGAACGGCAUCACGGUGGUCACGGACCACAGAGGAAGGAACUCUGGAGAGGCCUUCGUGCAGUUCGGCUCUCAGGAAGCAGCAGACGGCGCUCUGCAGAGGGACCGGGACGUCAUAGGAAACAGAUACAUCGAGGUGUUUCCCAGCACCACGGAGGAGAUCCACUCGAGCUGGAGGAAGAAGAAGGGGAUGAGUCCGGGCUCCGCUCAGAGCGGCGCUCAGCCGGGGAGCAGGAACGCCUCCUCGGCACCGACCAAUCACAGAACAGGUUCUCCACCGAGCUCCACGGCGCAGCUUCACUACAUCCACAUGCGAGGUCUUCCCUUCCAGGCGUCCGGAGAAGACAUCGUGAAGUUCUUCUCUCCUCUCGCCGUCUCCAGGAUCCUGAUCGAAUGCGGCGCUGACGGCCGGCGGAACGGCGAGGCGGGGGUUUACUUCAACAGCCACCAGGACGCGGCCGAGGCCCUGACCAGAAACAGACAGUACAUCGGGGAAAGAUACGUCGAGUUGUUCCUGAACUCUUCAUCAGAUUCUAACGGGAGAUGAACGAUGACGACACCAAACUUCUUCAUUAACCGACACAACCCAAGAUUGUUGCAUUGAUUUUCCAGCCCGAACUGAAACAAUAAACAAACCUGAAUCACGAUGGUUAUAAAUAUGUAUUCAUUAUUUAAACUACCAACAUAAACUCAUGUAACUGCAUCUAUGAAAUAACUGGUGAAGAUGAAUUGGUGAAAUUUCUUCAGGAUCAGUUUUAUUAAUGUAAAUUCUUCUCUAAGCUUCAAGAUGAAGGUUUAAAUUAACUUGGGAGUCGUCACAGUUAAAAUAGAAUAAAAGUUUAUUGAUCUCAGAAGCAUUUCCACAUGUUACUUGUCUCCAAUGAGAGAAAUCUACAGGUUGGUCUGGUUCCAGCCUCUGACUCCUCCCCCUCAUAUGAACCAAUAACACAUAAAAACUGCUGAUAUGUUGAUUUGUCCUCUUCAAACCAGACGAGUGCUUUUUAAAAGUGCCAAGAAAAACUCAGAAUGCCGUCGGAACCUAGAAGCAGCAGAUUCUACGAAGCCUUAGUUAACGUCAGUGACAGCGAAGAAAACAUUAUACCCAGAAUGAUAUAUUAUAAAUCAUAAACAUGUGAUCUUCACCUCUGUGAACCUGAAGGACUCAUUUUACUUUUAGGGAAAGAUUCAUUUGUUUUCUUACCAAGACAGAAAACCCUCUUUUAUCCGUAGCGUUAAUAAGUUCAGGAAAAUUAACAAUAAACAUAAAUCCUCAAACUGUCCGUGUAAUAUUUUGAUUUUAAUGCAAAGCCAGGACAGCUAGACAGAGCCAUGCUAGCUGUUCCCACCCGUUUCAAGUCUUUAUGCUAAGCUAAGCCGCUCACCUGCAGAAAUAUCUCAUAUUUAAACGUAGAAACGCGAGCGUAGAAUCAAUCUCCAACAGAUUCAUACUGAAAACAUCAAGACUGUGAUAAAACAUGAGAUGAUAUUCUGUGUAUUAUUUAAAUUUUGGAAGAUUCUAAACUCAAUUGAGUUAAAUAAACAUUUCCCGAAAAUUUGAUAUUGUGUCAAAUACUUUUUACAAACAUUCUAUUAUUGACACGUUUAAUAUCUGUGUUCAAAAGUGUUUUAUCUUCAUCUGUACAGUCACAUUUCAUUCAUCAGCACUUACAUAAUAUUCUGAUGUUCAUGAUUAAAUCUGAUGUGUUGUGAAAAUCCAGUUUUUCCUUUUGUAUCUUUUAAAAAUAGAGGUUAAAAAUAUUUUCAGUUGACCUUUGACCCUUCAGUCCACUCAGUGGACACUGU